GCGAGCCCGUGGUGCCGCGGUUUCGCGGAAACUCAGGAUAGUUUCUCCUAUCCGCUCUUACUUUUCUGUCAUGUUUGGGGCUGUGAUUGUGAGCGACGGGAGAAGGAUUAUCUGUUUUACUCUUUUUGGAAUACACACAAAUCUUGAUUCUCAACAUGUUGAUUCGUCCCACGCUCGAGAAGAAAUACGGUCUCCAGCCUCCCCAGCUGAGGGGGCUCGCGCCCUGAAAGCGAAUGGGCAGACGGUCUGAUGGGGAAAAAAUGAAGUGUGCGUCUGGAAAAGCAUUUGUUGUAUUGCAAGAUUUUUAACCGACAUUUUACGCGCAAAAAGUGAGAGACAUACACGAAGUCGCCCUCUCACGGAGCCUCAUGCGAGCUAAGGGUCGCUCUUAAUAGCGUUUAUCUGGACAGUCUCUACCUCGCGUUUCAGCUGUCAUCUGCUCCCCUCAAACGGGUCCGCAUCUCUCCGUGUCUCUGAGGAGAUGGCCGCGGCGAUCGCCAGCUCUCUUAUUCGACAAAAACGCCAAGCCAGAGAGUCGAACAGCGACCGUGUCGCCACCAACAAACGUCGCACGAGUCCCAGUAAAGACCCUCGGUCUCUGUGCGAAAGACACAUUUUCGGGCUCUUCAGCAAAGUUCGUUUCUGCAGCGGAAAGAAAAAACCCGUUCGCAGGAAACCAGAGCCGCAGCUGAAGGGCAUAGUGACUCGACUCUUCAGUGAACAGGGAUUCUACCUGCAGAUGACUCCAGACGGAACUGUCAGCGGCACCAAGGACGAAAACAGUGACUACACUCUGUUUAAUCUGAUCCCGGUGGGUCUGAGGGUGGUUGCCAUACAGGGAGUGAAGGCCGGUCUCUACGUAGCCAUGAAUGGAGAGGGAUUCCUCUACUCCACAAAAACAUUCACUGUGGAGUGUAAAUUUAAGGAGUCUGUGUUUGAGAACUACUACGUCAUCUACUCCUCCACGAUAUACCGACAGCACGAGUCAGGCCGGGCCUGGUUCCUGGGCCUGAAUAAAGAGGGCACAGUGAUGAAGGGGAACCGCGUGAAAAAAACCAAACCCUGUUCACACUUUGUCCCCAGACCCAUCGAAGUGUGUAUGUAUAAGGAGCCCUCCCUGCAUGAUCUGGAUGAGAAGCAGCGCUCCCGUAAAGACUCUGGGACUCCCACCAUGAACGGAGCUCGUGUGGUGAGUCAGGACUCGUCAGAGCCUGUGGGCUCUUAGCCUGAGCACAGCGCCCCCUGCAGAGCAGCGCUGUUCAGACACCUCCAACUACAAAAACACUGACGAAAAACCAACCAAUCAUAACGGGGGAAAAAAAACAGCCCAAGAUGAAGAAGGGGAAGCAGACAUCAGAAAUGGAAUUCUUGCCUGUGUAAUAUUUUAGACAAAAAAUAAAUAUUUGUUAAUCAGGACAUGAUAUCAACGUUUUAUGCAAAAAGCCGAUUGGACGCU